UCGUUCUUUACCACUACAGACGUAAAAUAAUUUUAUGGAGCGCAAGAGUAAAAGUGUCUGGCAAGGUCUUUGGGUUAUUGUUAAAAUAGACACUGCUAAUAUAAUUAAAGCAGUAGUAUCUUAAGUAACUUUUCAUAGUCUUUAAUAAUUAUUUAUUAUUGUUUAUAUAAUAUAAUACAUUGUUAAUUAACAAAUAAAUAAAACAAAUAAUAAAAAAUGGCUGCACGUUCUUUGGUAAGAUAUAUUCAAUCAAAAUCAAUUACACCGCAAAUACAUCGUUGCGCGGCAUCAUUGUCUGCAUUCGAAAUUCAACAUAAAACACCAGCUAUUAAAAAAGUAAUGCCUAUUCCUAAAGCUCAUUACGGUGGUCGUCAUACAGUUACAUUGUUACCUGGCGCUGGAAUUGGACCAGAACUUAUGGGUUACGUUAAAGAGAUUUUCAGCUAUGCUGGAGUACCAGUUGACUUUGAAGACAUUGACAUUGAUCCAAAUGCAGACAAUAAUGAUGAUCUUGAGUAUGCUAUUACUUCGAUAAGACGUAAUGGAGUUGCAUUGAAAGGUAAUAUUGAAACACGAAGUAGAGAAAUUGGAGUACUUUCUCGUAAUGUAGCUUUACGUAAUGAACUUGAUUUGUAUGUAAAUGUCGUUCAUUGCGUUUCUUAUCCGGGUGUUAAUUCACGUCAGAAAAAUAUUGACAUCGUUAUAGUACGUCAAAAUACUGAAGGAGAGUAUGCUAUGUUGGAACAUGAAAGUGUUGAUGGAGUUGUUGAAAGUAUGAAAAUCAUAACCAGAUCAAAUUCUGAACGUUUAGCACGUUAUGCUUUUGAGUAUGCUAAACGUAAUGGUAGAAAAAAAGUUACAACCGUUCAUAAAGCAAAUAUUAUGAAACUUUCUGAUGGAUUGUUUUUAGAAGUAUCAAAAGAAGUUGCAAAAAAUUAUCCUGAAAUUAUUCAUGAUAAUAUGAUUAUUGAUAAUACAUGUAUGCAACUUGUAUCAAAUCCUCACCAAUUUGAUGUUAUUUUAACAACAAAUUUAUAUGGCGCAAUUGUAUCUAAUGUAGUUUGUGGACUACUUGGAGGUGCUGGAUUACUUGCUGGUAAAAAUUUUGGUGAUCAAUAUACUGUUUUUGAACCUGGUACUCGUAAUACUGGUGCUAAAAUUGCUGGAAAAAAUAUUGCUAAUCCAAUAGCAAUGUUAAAUGCUGCUGUUGAUAUGUUACGUCAUCUUGGUCACAAACAACAUGCUACCAUAAUUCAAACUGCCAUUAAUAAAACAAUUAAUUCUGGUAUUCACACAGCUGAUCUUGGUGGUAAUGCAACGAGCCGGGAGGUCAUCGAUAGUAUUUUGAAACAUAUUAAAAUUGCAGUAAAUUAAAGAUUUGAUUAGUCGAGGAAAAAAAAUACAGAUGAUAAAUUAGUCAUUUGUUUUUAAAAUUAAUUAUAAAAGUUAAAUGUUUAUUUUAAUCGUAUAGAAAUAUAAUAAUCUUUAUUUCGAA